AUGGAGAUUGGAGUAUUAAAACUUUCCAGGAGUUAUCUUUGUGUACUCAUGAUUAUCGUCACCUUACCAGAUCCAUCUAAAGAGGCCAAAGUCAUCGAUGCACGCGAUAAAACCCUUAGCCGCGGCACUGAUAGAGGAACUGCAUAUGCCAGGUUUAAGCCUCACAAGUUUUCCCAUCUCAACAUCACCAGCAUUGGUUCAGACUUUGUUCUGAAAGGCAGUGAGUGUGGGCUCGCCUGUGUCAACAUUCCUUCAUGUUUCUCGUUUAACCUGGGCUUGUUUCACGAUGUAAUUGGUAAAGUGAUCUGUGAAUUGCUUCCGUCGGAUAUUUACAACAACUCAGAGAAGUUUGUCUUCAGUCAAAGUCACCAUCACUAUAGUAUUGCGUCUCCAUGCAUCAGUUGGCCUUGUCAGAACAAAAGGACAUGCGCUGUACAGUACGCAGAGAACAGUUACUUGUGCGUUUGCGUAGAAGGAUUCGAAGGGAAACGUUGUGAAUUGGAUAUUGAUGAAUGCGCUGAGGGACUACACACUUGUGACAAAAAUGCUUAUUGCAACAAUACUGCUGGCUCUUAUAUGUGUGCUUGUAAGCCAGCAUACCAUGGUGACGGAGAAAACUGCAUGUUACAAGUCAUUUAG